ACAGUCUCGGACUCUCGAUACCAUCAAGCCAGUUUUUUUUCAGAUCUGCUAAUCUUCAGCAUUUUAUUGCUAUUCACUAUGUCGACCAACGCUAUUGUUGUCAAUAUUGUGCUUGAUGGGCAGAAUUAUCCAGAAUGGGCUUUUUGUGUCGAGACUGCAUUAAGAGGUCACGGAUUACUAUUUCAUUUGACUGAAGAUUCUCCAGUUUUAGCAGCUGAUAGAAGCAAUGCUGCUGCAAUCAAGACUUGGCAGAUAAAUGAUGGCAAGGUAAUGGCUGCAAUGGUCAACAGCACUAAACCAACUAUGAUUAUGAGUCUGUCCAAAUUUACCACUGCUAAGGCUAUCUGGUCACAUCUGAAGGAUCGAUUUGUUCAGGAUAGUGGUGCUCUUCUACAUACCCUUAUGCAACAGACUCAUGUGAUUGAGCAACAUGAUAUGUCCAUUGAUGAAUAUUAUUCAGCUUUUGAUCGGAUUAUGAGUGCAUUGACCUCCAUGGUGCCCGCUUGUACCGCUGUGCCUUGUCCAGCCCACAAGUUCAUUGACAAGUUCUUUACCUACAGAUUUGUUAUGGGAGUUCGACCUGAAUUUGAUUCCCUUCGUGCAAGGCUCCUUCACAGUUCAGAUACUCUCACCAUGGCUCAGGCUUUGUCCGAAUUGCUUGCUGAAGAGACUCGUCUGAAGUCUAUGUCCUCUAUUACUGGUGUGAGUUCUCAUAGUGUGUUGGCUGCUACUCAGAGGUCUAGGAACACUUCCUUUCCGCCUUGUGAACACUGCCAAAAGACCACUCAUCGGUCUGAGAACUGUUUUGCUAAGUUUCCAGAGAAGCUGGCUGAUUUUCGUGUCCGUCGUGCUACUCGUGGUCGUGGUACAGGACCAUCUUCUAGAGGCUCAGUUGCGGUUGCUGCUACUUCAUCUGCUGGUGCUUUGUCAUCAUCUUGGGUUCUUGAUUCUGGAGCUUCCUUUCAUGUGACAUCUGAUAAGUCACGGCUGACGUCUACUACACCUGUCACCGAGGGUACUUCUGUUCAGACUGCUGAUGGAUCGCAAAACAGGGGAUGUGAUUGGGACUGGCCGUCGCCGUAAAUCUUCGCCUCGCCUUUACAUCUUGGACACCUUGCGCCUUCCUUCAUCCCCUACAACUACACCUCAUGUGCUCGCUGCUUCGGGCCCCACGACGUCAUUCGCCCAGUGGCAUCAUCGUCUAGGUCACUUAUGUGGAUCCCGUCUGUCUACUCUAAUAAAGUCAGGAUGUUUAGGCUCUACUCAUGUUGAGUCUAGUUUUCAUUGUAAAGGUUGUCAUCUUGGAAAACAAAUACAACUUCCAUAUUUUACUAGUAAUUCCCAUUCUGCUAAACCUUUUGAUCUAAUUCACUCUGAUGUUUGGGGUCCAGCUCCGUUUGUUUCUAAAGGUGGUCAUAAAUAUUAUGUCAUUUUUAUUGAUGAUCAUUCUCGUUA